GCGUCCAGCACUUACUCCUCGCCCGCGUUACCUUUCUACCGCUUUCACUGUGCUUUGCUCCUUCUAUCACUGUUGUGUACGAUGUCGAACCAGCCAGUCAAUGGCGUACCUAAGACGCCGCGGCCACAACUGCCAUUCCAGAGCUUAAACCCAUAUCUUUCGAUGACGGAUACUACGAAACCCCCGACAGUGAAGUAUCAGGUGAUUACUCGCGAAGGCCAGGAGAUCAUCGUCGGAAGGUUGAAAAUCCAAACACCCAACGACGGUCAUGCUUUCGUCCUUCGCCGCUUUGACACGGGUGCCAUUAGUCAGACAACGAUGUUCCGCGCCGCAUUCCCAACCGCUGGAGAGGACCUCGAGAAGAGUGAGUCUGCAUGGGUGAAGCAGAAUUAUGAUUCGGCUGGGGCGAAUGGGGGUCCUGGAAAGGAUAAGUUGCGUCUGGCCGGGUUAUGGAUCCGACCAGAAGUUGCGAAAGAACUUGCUCCGGCUUACUCGCUAGACCACAUCAUCACACCACUCUUGACGGCACACCCAGACCCGUCACAAGAGUACAGGCGCUCGCAAAGACAGACUGUGCCACAAGCAAACGGCGUGACCUCGUCGCCUGUAAAGCCGUCGAAUACAAACCCACGGACUGAUGUGGCUCCGUCCUCUCCACCUGGAAGCCCGAAGCCUAAGAGGCGAAAAGAAUCUUCCCCCCAAAUUAUGAGUCCCAAGAAGGCACCCCUGGAGACGCUCCCUCCUCUACGCCGAAGUGCGCGAGUGACCAGCCCAACCCCUAUUCCUCCUCCGGCUCAGGCUCUCGCUACACCCACAACACGUACUACGCGCACAAAAGUAGCAAAGACUCCCAAAGUAACUGCUGUACCAGAGGCGACUGGUAGAUUGACUCCCGAAGAGGAUGAUUACGAAGGAAGCGACGACGUUGCCGAGGUUCCCGGGCCCGAUAUGCACGAUGAUAUCGCGGAGCAGAAGGAGCUAAUUGCGAAUCUGAAGGCAGAACGAGAAAGCAAAGAAGCCACUGCAUCCGAAGAUGUAUCUGCUGUACCGAUUAAACAAUCAGACUCACAAGGCUCAAAGCGAGCUCGUGAAGAGGAAGGGCAACCACUGAAAUUCGAAUUCCGCGAACCAGACGAACAGAAUGCCGUUGCUAACCGCGAAAUCAAGUCAAAUCGGCGACUCAGUCUUGACUUGGAGCCUCAACAGAAAUCAGCUGCUUGGGGUGCUCUUUGGUUUGCUGCUGGACUCGCUGCUGCUGCAACGAUUCCAAGUUUCUUUAUGUAACGAAUCCUAAUGACUACAUUUAUCUUUCUCGAAUGUUCUUGUUGUUCUUCCCUUCCUCCCGUCGGCGUGUGCUACCUUCUCCCUCCUACUCUUCCUUCCGUGCUCGUCUCGUACGACAAUCUCUCCUGUCAACACCGGAACCUUCUCCCGUGUCCAUGAUCUAUACAUUUUUCAAGACGGGUUCAUAUCGCUUAACUUUACUUAAGCUUUUUCGCACUGUAUAGUUGUAACGGGCUGUCCGAGUCCGACCCGGGCAAAGUCCUUUUUUCUUUGUCCUAUAUUUUUAGCUAGCUACAUUUUUUCUGUCCGUCGGUCUGUGGUUUGUCUCUAAAGGAGACUUCAGACAUAUUGCUAUGCUUGCUAUCUCUCAUCUUUUCUUCUACUGUUGAAGAACUCCUCUAUUCUAGUCCUCCUUCCUCCACCUCUUUU